GCACACCUCGGAUGCUCGAGCAACGUUGGCUUUGUGGGCGCCUCCAAGGAUGGGGUCCACCUUUGGUGUUUCUUCCACAGCCGUAGGAGCCUCCAUCAGGUCAGCUUUGACCAGCUCAAGCGCCUGGAGGGUCUCGAGCAGCUGUGUCAUGUCCUUGGGCGUGUUGCAAGUCAAGAUUCCGAUUUCUGCCGUCCACUCCUUAG